GUAAUCUCCAUCAUUUGCAUCGCUGUAUGGGCUAUCAAUAUCGGCCAUUUCAACGAUCCCGCUCAUGGUGGUUCCUGGAUCAAGGGAGCUAUCUAUUACUUCAAGAUCGCUGUUGCUCUGGCUGUCGCCGCCAUCCCUGAAGGUCUUCCCGCUGUCAUUACCACCUGUCUUGCGCUUGGAACUCGAAGAAUGGCAAAGAAGAACGCUAUUGUCCGAUCAUUGCCAUCUGUCGAGACUUUGGGUUGUACCUCUGUAAUUUGCUCUGAUAAGACCGGUACUCUAACAACCAAUCAAAUGUCCGUGUCCAAAAUGUUCAUUGUCGAAUCGGCAUCCGGCGACAACAUCAACUUCAAUGAAUUCACUAUCUCUGGGUCUACCUAUGAACCAUCUGGAAAAGUUUUCUACAAUGACAAAGAGGUGGGUAGGACCAGCAUUGGAGAUUUUGAUGCUUUGACCGAGUUGGCCACGAUUUGUGCGAUGUGCAACGACUCUGCUGUGGACUACAAUGAUACCAAGAAAGUCUAUGAGAAGGUAAGCUUGUAG